AUGAGAUCCGAUCGUGGAGGGGAGUUCAUGUCCAAAGAAUUUUUGAAGUAUUGUGAAGAUAACGACAUUAGAAGACAGUUGACGAUGCCGAGAACCCCUCAACAAAAUGGAGUAGCGGAAAGGAAGAACAGGACAAUCCUUGAGAUGGCGAGAAGCAUGCUCAAAAGUAAAAACCUACCAAAAGAGUUGUGGGCGGAAGCAGUUGCAUGCGCAGUGUAUCUAUCAAACCGAUCUCCAACAAGAAGCGUUUCAGGAAAAACACCACAAGAAGCUAGGAGCGGAAGAAAGCCCGGUGUUUCACAUCUACGAGUCUAUGGAAGUAUUUCUCAUGCUCAUGUACCGGACGAGAAGCGGAGCAAGCUAGAUAAUAAAAGCGAGAAAUAUAUCUUCAUUGGUUAUGACGCCAACUCCAAAGGCUACAAGCUCUACAAUCCUGAGACAAAGAAGACAAUAAUCAGUCGAAAUGUCAUCUUUGAUGAAGAAGGAGAAUGGGAUUGGAGAUCCAAUGAUGAAGAUUAUAACUUCUUUCCCCACAUUGAAGAAGAGGAUCUGGAGCAACCAGCAGAGGAACCUAUUGCGCCACCUACUCCACCAACUCCGCCAACAACAAGUUCUCAAGGAGAUGAAAGUUCAAGCGAAAGGUCUCCGCGGUUUAGGAGCUUGCAAGAGAUUUAUGAGAAUGGGCAUAAGGCGAUUGGCGUGAAGUGGGUUUACAAAGACAAGAAGAACUCUCAAGGAAAAGUUGAGAGACACAAGGCAAGAUUGGUCAGAAAAGGCUACAGUCAAAGAGCUGGAAUCGACAUGAUGAGGUAUUUGCUCAUGUGCUCGACUUGA